CGGAAGUGAUGUGCAGUCAGCAGACCGAGUGAAAACAACAACAUCAGCUCUGUGGUUGUCUGAAUUAGACGGAACCGCCUGGUGAUACUCGGUCCUUCUCCCGGUGUUUCCCCGGCACAGGGUAAGCAGGGAGCGGCCAGACAUGUGGAUCAACCCGGAGGAGGUGCUGCUGGCCGGGGCGCUGUGGGUCUCCGAGCGGGCCAACCCGUUCUUCAUUCUGCAGAGGAGGAGAGGACACGGCCGCGGGGGAGGACUGUCGGGCCUCCUGGUUGGGACUCUGGAUGUGGUUCUGGACUCGAGUGCUCGAGUGGCUCCUUACAGGAUCCUUCUGCAGACGGCAGACUCUCAGAUCUACUGGAAUAUUGCCUGUGGCUCAUCCAGGAAGGAGAUCACAGAUCACUGGGAAUGGCUGGAGUCCAACCUGCUGCAGACCAUCUCCAUCUUUGACAACGAUGAAGAUGUCACCACCUUCGUCAAAGGAAAGAUCUCUGGCAUCAUUGCAGAGGAGAACCGGCCUAAACAGGGGGAGGAUCAGGAAGAGGACUGUGGGAAGUUUCGGGAGGCGGAGCUGAAGAUGAGGAGGCUGUUUGGGAUGCCAGAUGAAGAGAAGCUGGUGAAUUAUUAUUCAUGCAGCUACUGGAAGGGCCGAGUGCCACGGCAGGGCUGGCUCUACCUGUCCGUCAACCACCUGUGCUUCUACUCCUUUCUGCUGGGCAAGGAGGUGACUCUGGUGGUGCAGUGGACGGAGGUGACCCAGCUGGAGAAGAACGCAACCCUGGUGUUUCCGGAGAGCGUUCGUGUCAGCACACGUCACACCGAACAUUUCUUCUCCAUGUUCCUCAAUAUCAACGACACUUUCAAGCUUAUGGAGCAACUCGCCAACAUCGCCAUGCGCCAGCUACUUGACAAUGAGGCGUUUGCUGCCGACCGCUCAUUGCCCAAACCCAGCAAAACACUCAAGAACGUCUCUGCACUCAAGAGGGAUUUUGACGCACGGGCAAAGAAUGAGCGAUACCGGACAAUGUUCCGGCUGACACAGGAUGAGCGCCUGGACGGACACACGGACUGCACGCUGUGGACGCCAUUUGCUAAGAUGCAUGUGGUUGGGCAACUGUUCAUAUCCAACAAUUACAUCUGUUUUAACAGCAGAGAAGAAGACCUGUGUCAGCUCAUCAUCCCACUUAGAGAGGUGUCCAUUGUGGAAAAGGCGGACAGCAGCAGCGUCCUGCCAUGUCCCGUUUCCAUCAGUACAAAGAACAAGAUGAACUUCCUGUUUGCAAACCUCAAAGACAGAGACUUCCUGGUCCAACGCAUUUCAGACUUCCUGCAGCGAACGCCUGACAGCUCAUGGGGCGACACCAGCCCACUGUCGCCGAUUGGUCACUCGACAUCCUCCAGUGCCUCAUCUGCAGGGUCAGAGUCCAUCCACAGGGGUCGUCAGUACCACCUUGGUCUACCAACAGCUAGCCAGUGUCUGCUGCAGCUCUACCACCGCAACACACCUGAAGACCUGGGACCCAAAGCUAUGAAAGAGAAGAUGAAAGAGGAAGCUUGGAACAUCCAUUUCUCAGAGUUUGGUCGAGGUGUCUGCAUGUAUCGAACCUCCAGAACCAGAGAACUCAUCCUUAAUGGGAUCCCAGAGCGCCUGAGAGGAGAGCUGUGGUUGCUGUUCUCAGGAGCGCAGAACGAAAUGGCGACACACCCUGGUUACUAUGGUGAUCUGGUGGAGCAAGCCAUGGGGAUGUGUUCAUUGGCCACUGAAGAAAUUGAGCGCGACCUUCACCGCUCGAUGCCUGAGCAUCGAGCAUUCCAGAAUGAAACAGGCAUUGCUGCACUGCGCCGUGUCCUCACCAGCUAUGCCCACCGCAACCCUGGCAUCGGAUACUGUCAAGCAAUGAACAUUGUCACCUCUGUGCUGUUGCUCUACUGUCCAGAGGAGGAAGCAUUCUGGCUGUUGGUGGCACUUUGUGAGCGGAUGUUGCCUGACUACUACAACACCCGAGUUGUAGGUGCUCUGGUAGACCAGGGGGUGUUUGAGGACCUGACCCGAGCCUUCCUCCCCCUGCUGUAUGAACACAUGCAGGAGCUGGGAGUUAUCUCCACGAUCAGCCUCUCCUGGUUCCUCACACUCUUCCUGUCUGUGAUGCCCUUUGACAGUGCUGUGCUAUUGGUUGAUUGCUUUUUCUACGAGGGCAUCAAGGUCAUCUUCCAGGUGGCGCUGGCUGUACUUCAUGACAACAUGGAUGCUCUCCUGUCCUGCAGUGACGAAGGGGAAGCAAUGACAAUCCUGGGCAGGUACCUGGAUAAUGUUGUGAAUAAACAGACGGUGGCUCAGCCUAUCCCUCACCUCCAUGCCCUUCUAACGAGUGGGGAUGACCCUCCACUGGAGAUCGACAUCUUCAACCUCAUCAAGUCAUCUUAUGAGAAGUUUGGCACCUUGCGCUCUGACGUCAUCGAGCAGAUGAGGUUCAAGCAGAGGUUAAAGGUCAUCCAGUCGCUGGAGGACACAGCCAAGAGGAGUGUGGUGAGAGCGAUGAUGACGGAGUCCGCCUUCAGUAUCGAGGAGCUGGAGGAGCUGUACUGUCUCUUUAAGUCCAAACACAUGACGAGCUGUUAUUGGGGCUCCACCAGCUCUGCAGCUGAGCGUCAUGAUCCCAGCCUGCCAUACCUGGAGCAGUACCGCAUCGACCCGGUUCAGUUCACCCAGCUGUUCACCGUGCUCGCUCCCUGGGUCUGUGGAGGCCACACUACGACACUGUCAGCCCGUCUCUUCAGACUCCUGGACCAAAACCAGGAUGGACUGGUCAAUUUCAAAGAGUUCAUCACUGGACUCAGUGGGAUGUAUCAUGGAGACAUGACAGAGAAACUUAAACUGCUGUACAAGCUCCACCUCCCACCAGCUCUGUGUCCUGAAGAGGCAGAGUCUGCUCUGGAGGCAACCCACUUCUUCACUCAGGACGUACCAAGGGAAUCUUCCUUCCUGUCUGAUCUGGACAUUUCGGGGCAGCAGGAAGUGACAUCAGGUGACGAGGAGAAGGAUGGAGGUGGAGACAGCGAGGAGAAGAAAGAGGAGAAGGUGAAGGACUACAGGUACUACCUUAGGAUGUGGGCCAAAGAGAAAGAACCCAAGACAGAGACCAUCAAGGACCUGCCCAGAAUGAACCAGGAGCAGUUCAUUGACCUGUGCAAGACUCUGUACAACAUGUUCAGUGAGGAGCCUCUUGAGCAGCAGCUCUAUCACUCCAUCGCCACCGUCGCCAGCUUGCUGCUGCGAAUCGGAGAGGUUGGUAAAAAGUUUAACAAUGGGAGUAAGAAGAGUGAUUCUGCUGCUGCUCAGGCCCAGCCCCCUGACCCUCAGAGGGAGGAGUCAGAUGAGUCUCAGGUAUGUCAGGCGCUCGCUGAUGCUCAGCUGGAGCCGGCAGCUCCCCAGACAUCUGAGGAGGAAACUAAAGACGACACCUCUGUGUCAUCAUACUCUGUUGUGAGCUCUGGAUCGCUGCAGUGUGAAGAUAUUGCCGAUGACACCGUACUGAUCGGUGGCGGUGAGCAGAGGCGGGGCAGUGUGCUGGAUGUUGAUUGGUCGAUCACCUUCGAGCAGGUGCUGGCGUCGCUCCUGACAGAGCCGCCGCUUGUCGACUACUUUGAAAGGAAGAGGGACAUCCAGAUCAAGAUGGCCACCUGUAAGGCCCAGCGGGCGGUAGAGCGUCAGACAAGCUCCACCUCUGACCAUGAACUCCCUCAGCAUUCCAUCUGACUUACCUCCACCUGUCCAUCUGACUCACUUCCACAGGUCCACCUGAUUCACCUCCAACUGUCAACCUGACUGACCUUCACCUGAUGCACCUCCACCUGUCUACCUGACUCACCCUCACUUUUCUGCCAGACACUAUCCCUAACCCCACCUUCACCCAGAUCAAAAUGUGUAUUAGCUGGUUUCUCUGCUGGUUCGAUCUAUGAUCUGCAGGAUGAACUGGACUGAGAACAAACAAGCAAGCAAGUUAAGCAGGUAAACAGUUUCUGACUGAACUACGAAGCCACAAAGACCCAACAAGUGUUUUUAUUAUUUUUACAUGUUGAAUCAAAUUAUCACAAGUUAAAAAACAAAAUUAUCUACAUAAAAUCAAUGAUUUCUGUUUGACUGAGUCCUAAAGAUGAUUUUCUUUAAGGAAGUGAAAGAAUCUGAGAAUUCAGAAAACGUCAACAUGUUUUAUGUCUUCAAGAAAUGACUGAAGCAGACACCUGUGAGCAGGUGACCCUGUGAGCAGUUUAAGAAAAUCAAAGUUUCUGAACUGAGACUGAGGCAUUCUCUGUAGAAGAUAAAAGUAAACUUGUUUUACAGCUCAGAUAUAUUAACUAUAUAUUAAUCAUGUGUUACCUUGAUAAACCGUUUCACUCAGGUGAGUUCACGCCUGAAUACUUUGACAUCACUUAAGCCUUGUGUGUGCCUGUUUCUGUUGACAUCACUCCUGUUUACUUUCUGUUGAAAUGGUGAUGUCAGAGCUCUCUCUGUUGUCUUCACUGUGUUUAUUCACCAGUCUGCUUUUAAAAUCCAUUUUAUUGAUCAAUUAUUGAUCUGUACUCUGUUGCCUAAUAAAUACUGAAGAAAAAAAAACA